AGUCUGCCUCUUACUCUGUUCCUACUCAACACUUGAGUCAUGGCUAGUUUGUGUGAGGGAUUGUUUUCAGGCUUAUUGGAGGGUGCAUUGAGGUCUAAAGAGGUUGUUUCUUUGUGGGUUUUGACCACAAUUGAGGGUUUAGGAAGUGGAGCUUUGGUUGGAGUCACUAAGAGAGUUCUUCUUGCUGCAUUUACCUGCAUUCUUGCAGUAGGAGGAGCUAUAGUGGGAGCAAUACAUGGAGCCGUCAAAGGCCAGACAACAGAAACUGGGUUUGCUAUUGGAGCCGGAAUAGGCGGUAUGGCGGGGGCUGUUGCUGCCAUUCAACUUAUGGAUUUGGUAGUGGAUGGGCAGCCUUUGUCUAAGGUUGCUCUCUUAGGUGGGAUGGUAAAUGGGAAGGUGUUUAUGGAGUGGGUGAGCUCUGCACUGUUAAAAGCCUAUCAUUGGCAAGUUAGCACACUGGAGACUUACAGAGAGAUUUCUGAACUCUAUGAAAUCACUGGAGUAAGAGGGUUGCCCCAAGAAUGCAUUCAAAAUCUCCCUCGAAGUACAUUUUGUUCUGGCGAUGCCAUCGAGUCUUACAAUGAGUUCUGCUGCUCCAUUUGCUUACAGGAAUUGGAGGAUGGAGAGUAUACCAGAGAACUUCCCAUCUGUAGGCACUUGUUUCACUUGGCCUGCAUAGACCUAUGGCUAAGGCGACAAGGCUCAUGCCCUAUGUGUAGAGUACUUGUCGCUGACAACACAAGAUCAUAACUUGAUGGCUGCUGAAACUGGGACGAUUAUCAGAGGAAGUAAAUAUUUUGCAAUUCUGUUCAACACAGAAGAGCUUUGUACAUGUACCUAAGUAAGACUUUUUGUUAUCAUAUGAAUGUUCAUUUUCAGG